UCUCCUGCCAUUGAAUACCCCCGUGAGCCUCUGCGCGUUUGAAGGUUUCUGAUGUAUGGCCAUCGCCAUCUGCCCAACUAUUCCUCUUAAGUUGUUGGCAACAUAUUUGAUGCUGUGUUUGGAAACACAGUAAUAGAGUAGGCUACCAUUAAAUGCAAUGUAUUUUGUUUUAGAUGCAGAAGCGAACUCGACUCGACUUGUAGCCUACAAGCUUGCCAGUCACGACUCACCUGUAAAUCUACGUCAACGUCAACCGCAAAACUGCUACUGCCAUCAAUAUAAACAUGGCUGUUAGAAUGGCCGAUAAUGUCAAGACAAAAUGAGUGCUAUCUAUCAGUGAACACGCCGAUUGUUUUCAUUUCAGAUGGGCAGGAUCCUGGACCGUCUGGGCCUGUGUAGCCAGGUCCGCUUCACCCGAUGGGCCACAGGCCUCAUCAUGGCCAGUAGGAGACCGGUUCCAGAAGGGCUCCGUAUCAAGGACCUGACCUUCGCUGAGGUGCCAGUGCGGGUUUAUGAGCCGACGGCACCCAGCUCGGGCAAGAGGAGAGGCUUGGUCUACUUCCACGGGGGAGGGUGGGUGUCUGGGAGUAUAGAUACCUCAGACGAAGUGUGUCGAUACAUCGCCAUAAAGAGUGAAACCACUGUGGUGUCUGUUGGCUACCGUCUCGCCCCCGAGCACAGGUACCCCACCCAGCUGGACGACUGUGAGGCCGCCACCUGCCAUUUCCUGUCAGUGGCCGCCGACAGCUUUGGGGUGGACCCGUGCCGGGUGGCGGUGGGCGGGGACAGUGUGGGGGGGAACUUGGCGGCGGCCCUGUGCCAACGUCUGGCUGGGCGACACCAGCCGGGGCAUCUGCUCGCACCCUGCGCCCAGGUCCUCAUCUACCCGGCGCUGCAGAUGGCCGAUUUCAACCUGCCCUCGUACCAGCAGAACGGCACCGUGCCCAUCUUGCUCCGGGCGCGUGUGGCCUUCUACUUCCUGCAGUACCUCUGUGGGGAGGCGUACGCCUGCCCGGAGCUGCUGGACGGCCUGCACGUGCCCGCCGAGCUCAAGCUGCGCUACGGACGCUGGCUCGACCCCAACGACCUGCCUGCUGAGAUCAAAGCCCGGGGCUUCGAGCGCCAGACACCCUCAGAGCACGACGGUGAGGUCUACCACCUCGUCAAGGCCGGGCUGAGCGCCGAGGUGUCUCCCCUGCUGGCGGACGAUGCCGCCUUGAGCGCCGUGCCGCCGGCCUUCGUCCUCACCUGCGAGUAUGACGUGCUGAGGGACGAGGGCAUCUUCUACACCAGGCGGCUGGAGCAGCUGGGCGUGCCCGUCACCUGGCACAACGCGCCCGACAGCUUCCAUGGCGUCAUCAACUUCUACAACCGCGGCUGGCUGUCCUUCGCCUCCGCCGAGAGGGUUCUGGAGAGGGUUGUUGACUAUGUGAAAACACUGUAGAGAAGUGAGAAGGCUUUGUGUAACUUGAUUCAUGUGGACCCGGCAUGUUAUCGAGUCAGAGUGAUGAGUCACGCUGCAUCUAUCUGACCAAAGAAUAAGGUUUACAUGCAGGGAAUGCUUUUUAGGAAACCGGAAAUCAAUGGUUUAUGUCAUAUGAAAAUGUAUUCCAGUGAAGCAGCAUUCUUAUAGUGAUUGUGAUGUUAUAUUAUUUACUUCACCAUCUGUGAAGAUUCCAUUCAGCCACUUUUUAAUUCUCUACUGUAGAGUCUAGAUGUUUUAUUAUAACCAUGGCAAAAUAACAGUAAGAACUGAC